CCAUUAUAUUAAUCCCUUUGUCAUCGAUAUAAACACAUAUAUCCAGUUGCUAUUUACCCACAAAUGAAGGAAAGGCAAGAGGGAGAUGACAUGAUGCAAAUGAACUUUAACAACAGCAACAUCUCCAAUAACGCACCUCCACAUCAAGCUUGUGCUUCAUGCAAACACCAGAGAAAGAAAUGCAACAACGAAUGCAUCUUAUCGCCUUAUUUUCCAGCUCGCAAGACCAAGGAGUUUCAGGCUGUUCACAAAGUGUUUGGUGUUAGUAACGUACAGAAAAUGGUACGGACCGUACGUGAAGAGGACCGCCCUAAGCUGACUGAUUCUUUGACAUGGGAAGCUCUAUGGAGACAGAAAGAUCCGGUCCUUGGCUCUUAUGGAGAGUACAUGAGGCAGAGUGAAGAGCUCAAGCUGUACAAAAGCUUAAUUCAUAACCAAUCUCUUGUUACUUGGGAUAAUAAUAAUAAUCAACAACGUGUAUUCAACAAUAGCAAUAACAACAAGAACGGAUCAGCGAUAAACUCGAGUGGCUCGGGUGGGUUUAGUGUUGUUAAUAACAAUGGUGUUGGUGUGAAUCGGGAGAUUAUAAACGGUGGAUAUACAUCAAGGAAUUUGCAAGGUGGCUGGGGAAAUUUAAAGCAAGAUCAAAGGCAACAAUGUUAUGCUGUGAUUAAUGGGUUUAAACAUCAUCUCCCACACUAAGUAAUUCUAGCUUAUUAUACAUUGUUGAGUUUUUUUCUUUCUUAUUUU